AUGUACUUGUCACAGCCGCGCGACUUGAUCAACUCCAUGUCGACGGGCUGCUCGCGCGGCUCGAUUGUCGUCUUGCCUCUCGACAAUCACAGACACGAAUCGUCGGCGCCGUCAACCGCAACCGACAACUUCAGUGCGUCUCAUACCUCGCUCACUUCCGUUCACUUUGGUCUCAAGCCGCAUGACUCUGCAGAGCUGCAGACGCCACCUUCAUCCGGACAUUCCGAUGGUCAUGCAGUGCCACUCGUCCACACUCCACGCGAUGCGCUGACUAAGGCUCUGUACAGCUCCGACGGCAUCACCGCUUCACGAUGGUUCCGAGCACAGCACUUUCAAAAGAUCUGGGAGCGUCUCGACCGCGGCAGCCCCUCAUCGCGCCCUCCUCAUCCCUAUACCGAACUCAUCAAGCUAUGCAUAUUAAAGCGUCGUGAGGGUAAGCUCACUCUCAAAGAGCUCUACGAAGAUCUCGAGGCCAAAUUCCUCUUCUAUGCCGCCUCAUCGAGCGGGAAAGGCUGGAGGAACACGAUCCGACACAAUCUUUCGACGCAGCCCUACUUCGUCAAGCUGGAGCGUGAACCUGGUCAGCUGGGUAAGGGGCACUACUGGGCCUACUGCCCGGACCUGGAGAAGCCCACCUCACUGGCUCAAAGCAGCAUCAUGCAGAUGACCUCGCUGUGGUCUCUCUCAUCCAGCUCCACUGCCACCGCGGUGCCUCGGAGAGGAUCGGCUCACGAUUGGAGCGCUUUAGAGGAGUACCAACGCACACCUCGAAGCAGUGAGCUGCUGCCAGCCCUGCCUCGCUUCGAGAGCUGCAUCCGCGUCAAAGAAGAGAUCUACCAGAUGCCUCGUGUCUACAGUCCACGCACGAAGAGCUCGCACCCAAGUCCGACAUCGAUGCGUCGUCUCUCAAGCCCAAUUCGGCCCAUGCGUUCCUUUCUUCGCCAGGAAGUCGACCAGCCGACCUUGAUCACGAGAGGCCGCUCUGCGACCAUCUCGACCUUUUCGAGGCCUUCUUCGGGGGACAACUCGUUCACAGCUGCACCGGGAAGGCAGACUCGAAGAGCCUCAUACUUCUGGGCUCCCUCAGGAACGAGCUCGAUCGCUUCGCCACCCCGGACGUCGUUCUCGGACCCCGAAUUCGACAGAAGCAGCGCCGACAGGAUCAAGGUCGAAGGGGACGACCUCGUCUCACGCCUUCCUGAGUUCUCGCCGCACAGCGCUCCUGGACGCAAGAGUCUGGGUGACUACUUUCUCUCGAAUCCCAUCUCGAGGCGUUGA